UUGAACAAUAUAUUAAUUCACUCAACAAACUAACUUCAACUUUCCGAACAAAUCCUGAGUACAUCUUUCCUAUUGAACCAUCACAAACCUAUAUACCUUCAUCAUGCAGAACGAAUACGGACAGGGCAUCUCUCACGCCACCGGUGGCUCCAGAGUCCCCGACAAAGUCCAGCAGCAAGCUCCCCAAGGUCUCGAAGAGUCCUUGCCCAACAAACUCCACGACACCGGCUCCGGAACUGGUCGCCAGACUCACGCUCUCAACGACGGUGAAGAUUCCAUUGUCCCCAAGGGCAUCCAGAAGGCUGUCCCCGAGAAGCUCGAGCGCGCACUGCCCAACAAGAUUCACAACACUGGCGAUGAAUAGAUAAUCUUUCAUAGCGGAACGUCUUGACGAUACACAAGCAUAUUUUCUUGAUGGUGAAAUGAUUUAUGUCAUGUUGUACUGAAUGUUAUGAAAUGUGAAAUAAUGGAAUUCUGAUUUGAAUAUUUGUGCAAGGC